AUGGCUCCUCUCGCCUCGCUCGAGUCGGUUUGCGCCACGGUCCGAGUUAACUCCUGCGAAGCAGGAGCAACCAGGGUCUGGGGCGGAGCCCCAGCCGCCGGAGGCACACCCCCACCACACGCCCCCAAAAUACUAACAAGAAAAGGUACCGGCCUGACUGAGUGUAUCCUGUCGGGCCUGUUGUCCGUCGAGGGGAAGAAGGUGCUACAUAUCGACCGCCAGGAUCAUUAUGGCGGUGAGAGUGCUUCGUUGAACUUGACUCAGCUCUAUAAGAAGUUCCGACCCAACGGAUCGGCUCCUGAGGGUCUUGGUCGUGAUCGUGAUUGGAAUGUCGACUUGAUUCCUAAAUUUCUCAUGGCUAAUGGCGAAUUGACGAAUAUUCUCGUUCAUACCGACGUGACGCGUUAUCUGGAGUUUAAACAGAUUUCUGGUUCGUAUGUUUACAGAGACGGACGUAUUGCCAAGGUUCCUGCUAGUGAGAUGGAAGCCAUUCGAUCGCCUCUUAUGGGCAUUUUUGAGAAACGUCGUAUGAAAAGAUUUCUUGAAUACGUCGGCAAUUAUAAGGACGAAGAACCUUCAACUCAUCAGGGACUUGAUUUGGAUAAGAAUACCAUGACUGAAGUUUACCUCAAGUUCGGUCUUGAACCCGGUACUCGUGACUUUGUAGGUCAUGCCAUGGCUCUGUGGACAACCGACGAUUAUCUCAAGGCACCUGCUCGUGAAACUUUUUCACGAAUCAAUUUGUAUGCCCAGUCAGUGGCCCGGUACGGCAAAUCCCCCUAUAUCUAUCCUUUGUACGGACUUGGCGAGCUUCCUCAGGGGUUUGCGAGAUUGUCUGCUAUCUAUGGAGGAACUUAUAUGCUUGACAAGCAGAUCGACGAGGUUGUAUACGACAAGGAAACUGGUAAAGUUGCCGGAGUUCGGUCGGGUGACGAGACCGCUAAAGCCAAGAUUGUUAUUGGAGACCCAACUUAUUUCCCCGACAAGGUUCGCAAGACCGGACACAAGGUGAUCCGUGCCAUGUGUAUUUUGAACCACCCGAUUCCUAAUACUGAUAACUUGGACUCUGUGCAAAUCAUCAUUCCCCAGAACCAGGUCAAACGUAAGCACGAUAUCUACAUUGCCGUGGUAUCAUCUGCCCAUAACGUGGCUGCUAAAGACCAUUAUCUGGCUAUUGUGUCGACUAUUAUCGAGACCGACACACCACAUCUCGAACUGGAGCCGGCAUUUAAGCUGCUGGGACCACGUAUCGACACUUUAAUGGGCAUUGCCGAGCUGUACGAACCGCUCGAGGACGGUCUGAAAGACAACGUGUUCAUCUCCAAAUCCUACGACUCGACCUCGCACUUCGAAACCACCACCGACGACGUCAAAGACAUCUACCUCCGCAUCACCGGCAAGCCGCUCGUGGUCCAGAAACGCGAGCCCCAGGAAGUCGAGGCCUAA